CUUUCACUCACUUUCAGCUUCAUGUGCACUUGCUGUCACGCCUGCUGCUACGGUGUGGAUGUUUUAGCUUCUAUUUUUACUAAUCUGAUCCAGAUGGGAUUUUUCUAAACCAUUUUUGAAAAAAAACCUUUAGUCUGCUAGUAAAUCUGCAUAAGAUGGAGGACGGCCUCAACGUCACUAUUGACCCAGCGUGUUUACAAAAGCCUCCACUGGCUAUUGACGUAAUAAAGCAGCUCGAUGUGUUUGAACUGUGCCUGUACGCCAUGCUCACCUUCAUGUCCUGCAUCUCCCUGCUGCUGUACCUGGAGCAGUGCGUCUACAUUUAUAAAAAACUGCCGUACCCCAAGAAGACGACUCUUAUUUGGAUUAAUGGUGCAGCACCAGUCAUUUCCACCAUGGCUUGUUUUGGGAUGUGGAUCCCGAAGGCAGUCAUGUUCACUGACAUGACGUCGAACUGUUAUUUUGCAGUGGUGGUGUAUAAAGUCCUGGUCCUGUUGGUUGAGGAGUUGGGAGGCAGCGAGGGUUUUCUGAAGCGCUUCUCUGGCGAACCCUUCAGGAUCAACACAGGCCCCUGCUGCUGCUGCUGCCUCUGUUUACCCCGUGUACCCAUGUCACGGCGAAUGUUAUUCUGGCUGAAGGUGGGUGCUCUUCAGUAUGCGAUCCUGAAAACGGUUCUCUCGGUCCUCUGCAUAAUAUUAUGGACAAAUGGCAACUUUGAUCUCUCUGAUCUGGAGAUUACUGGUGCAGCCAUAUGGAUUAAUCCAUUCAUCGGUGUUCUCACACUCGCCUCCCUUUGGCCUGUUGCCAUCACCUUUAUGAACACCAACAGCCACUUGCGCAGCCUUAAGAUUGUGCCCAAGUAUGCUAUGUACCAACUUGUACUUGUGUUGAGUCAGCUGCAGACGUCAAUUAUUAACAUCCUGGCCUUGGAUGGGACCAUCGCCUGUGCCCCUCCCUUCUCCUCUCAGGCUCGUGCAUCAAUGCUAAAUCAGCAGAUGAUGAUCAUGGAGAUGUUCAUCAUCACUCUGGUCACCCGGUUUCUGUACCGUCGGACAUAUGACCCACUUCCCUCUGAAGCACAUGAUGAGGACCAGAAGACUAAUGUUCUUGUUGAGCAUGAUGUCUGAAAGAAGGUCGGCCUCAAAGUUAAGAUGGAAACCUGAAUCCACAUGAGUUGAGUCUUGACUUUGACAUGUCAGCAGCAAAACAGUUCACUUUUUAUUAGGAAACUUUUCGAUUCUGGCCUUUUUCAUUGUGUGACUAUUGAAUAUGUUUGAUGUAUGUACUGUGUGUGGCGUUUCUAUGUGAGGCAAUUGAUGUUUUACACUAUACAACAUUAUAUGGUUAUAUAAACAUUUCCAAUUGUUGUUUAAAAAAUGUAAAUAACCUAAUUAUAAUCCACUUAAAAAUACUUUAAAGCGACCAGCAGAGGUCUGCCAGCUGCCAGUCAGUGUGGGGAUGAAUUCCCACAAAAUUCACAUUUUGAUUUAACAAUA